AUGGGGGGCAAAUCAGGCACCAAAGCUGUCUACUUCGACAAGCUCAAGGGCUUGCUCGAUGAGUACAAGUCCAUCUUCAUCGUCAGCGUCGACAAUGUCUCGUCGCAGCAGAUGCACGAGAUCCGCAGUAACCUGCGAGGCGAAGCGGUCGUGCUGAUGGGAAAGAACACCAUGGUCCGAAGAGCGCUCAAGGGUUUUAUCGCCGACAGCCCCGAGUACGAACGUCUCCUGCCUCAUGUCAAGGGCAAUGUUGGCUUCAUCUUCACAAAUGGUGACCUGAAGACCACUCGCGACAAAAUUCUUUCAAACCGAGUUGCCGCUCCCGCGCGUGCUGGCGCUGUUGCCCCCGCCGAUGUCUACGUCCCAGCCGGAAACACUGGCAUGGAACCCGGCAAGACCUCCUUCUUCCAGGCCCUCGGUGUCCCUACCAAGAUCGCCCGUGGUACCAUCGAAAUUACCACAGAUCUCAAGUUGGUCGAGGCCGGCGCGAAGGUCGGGGCCUCCGAGGCUACCCUGCUCAAUAUGUUGAACAUCUCUCCUUUUACCUACGGCAUGAAGGUGCAACAAGUGUACGAAGAGGGCAACUCGUUCUCGCCAGAUGUGUUGGAUAUCGAGGAAAGCCAGUUGCUGAAGGCCCUUACCUCGGCCAUCACGACCAUCACGACCAUCUCACUUGCCGCUAACUAUCCUACUCUGCCCUCGAUCAUCCACAGCUUGAUCAACGGCUACAAGAAGGUCAUCUCUGCUGCUAUCGAAAUCGACUACGAGUGGGACGAAAUCCACGAGCUCAAGGAUCGCAUUGCCAACCCCGACGCCUAUGCAGCGGCGGCUCCCGCAGCGGCUGCGGCCACAACCGAGGAGGCCGCGCCUGCAGCCAAGGAAGAGGAAAAGGAAGAGGAGAAGGAAGAGUCCGAGGACGAGGGCUUCGGUGGUCUCUUCGACUAA